GUGGUGAAAUGCUUUUAUAGAGGAAAAGCAUUUCAUUCUAUUUGUUCAACACUAAAGAAAACAGUUUCAAAUCAAAAAGUACAUCACUCUUCACAGUUAGUUGGCUUGCUUGUUGCUUACAAAAGAGGAAUAUCUACAAACAGGUACAAAAUGACAUUAUUCCAAAUUCCAAAUUAAGUGAAAUGCAGCAGUUAUACCAAUGUUAGCAUGAACGUUUGUACAUAUACUGAAGAUCUAAAAUGUACUUGUGUACUUUUUGAUUUGAAACUGUUUUCUUUAGUGUUGAACAAAUAGAAUGAAAUGCUUUUAUAGAGGAAAAGCAUUUCAUUCUAUUUGUUCAACACUAAAGAACUGCUGCAUUUCACUUAAUUUGGAAUUUGGAAUAAUGUCAUUUUGUACCUGUUUGUAGAUAUUCCUCUUUUGUUAGCAACAAGCAAGCCAACUAACUGUGAAGAGUGAUGUAUAUUUGCCUCCUUAAAAAAAUAAAUUCUAUAGUCAGUGUCAUAGAUUUAACAUUAUUAAAGCUUUCGUAUGUCAGUAUUUUGAUUGAUCAAAAGCAUAUACUUGUAAAUACAGCAUAAAUAAUUGUGCUCAACUCAAGUGCUACUUUGUUGAAUUUUGAUGCUGUGUGGAGCCAUGCUGAUUCCCUGAACUCAGAGGAACUUGAUCAAAAGACUAUCCAGAGUUUUUUUUUUUUUUGUCUUUUUCUGUUUGCAGGUUAGGAAAUACAAGUUACAAGUCAAGUCAAAAAGCUUUUAUUGUCAUUUCAACCAUAUAUAGCUGACACAGUAGACAGUUAAAUGAGAUGCUUCUCCACGGUACAACCUCUAGUCAAAUGCAGCAUGCAUGGCCUAAUGUUAGUGGACCAUCCCACCUAUAAGUCAUCUGAGGCACAUAAUUGUAUAGAAUGUCUUUGCAUGCUGUAACCUUACACUUCCCCUGAAACCAAAAUGCCAAACCAGUACAAAAUGAGCUCCAAUAAGACAUGGAUUUACCUCAACCCCACUCAACACCUUUAGGAUGAACUGUUUUUUUUUUCAUAUUGUAUUGUCCAUUAUAUUCUAUUCUCUAUAAUUUAUGUAUAAACCCAAAUUUCUAUAGUCUAGACUAGUGGAAAGCAAAGGCAAACUAAAUCUGGAUGAUUAGGUCAGGUGUAGACAAACUUUUUCCCUAUAGACUACAUUCAACUAAAGGUUGUACCUCAAAAAGUAAAGAAAAACAGUGAUGUCGACGUGCGUGAAUUUGGCUCCCCACGUGUUAAAAAAAAAGGCAGAACCAUCGCCCACCCUAACCGGAAGUGGUGUAGUAUUUCGAGUACGCGGUUUCUUUGAAAGUCACUCACUUCCGGUUUGGCAUAUGUUGUGCUUGGGAAACGCGAAGAACAGAAAAUUCUUCAGUAUAUUUUUUAAAAAAAAAAAAAAAAGAAGAAGAAGAUAAAAUCUUGUUCGGGUUUAACUUUGGGCGCUUUUGACGAUUGUUAAAGCUGAGAUUGCCAUGAAAUUCCAUCUAGAACAACACCUGAGCCAAAGAAGGAUUCCAGUUUUACAGUCUGUCAGCAAGCUAGUAUGGAUAUAUUGCUAGACAUUCCAGAGGAUUAUGAAGAAAGAAAAGAGUCAGAAAUGAGCAACAUGCACAAUUCUGAAAACGACCAGUUAGCCGCACAACAACAGGCUGUCCAAUACUUGGAUCCUGCAUUUGAUGGCUCAUCAUUGAAUGACAAGGUACCCAGUGAGACCAGUUUCGAAAUACUUAAGCGGGGCUCAUCCCCGGGAUUUAAUGAUUCCACUGAGGUUUGCUUUCCAGCACAGACUAAAACUACAGAGCAGACAUAUUUUCCCAGAAGACUGUGUUUGUCAAAUGAGUGGACUCCCGUCAGACUUAAUAUAGAGGAGCAGGCUACAAAUUUGAAAGAAUACAUGUGUUGUGUUUCUGUUAACAAAUCAAAUAGUAAUGGGGAUGAAAAAGGUUUCUCAUUUUUGAGACAAGCUCAUAAUAAUUCUCCUAGAACGUCCAAAGUACAUGAACAAUCUUGUAAAAAUGUCAGUCCUGAUCAAUGUAUGGAAAGCCAAAAUAAGAGCUGUGCAGACAACAAUGCAACCUCCUACAGACAUUUCAGCAUGCCUGGUCAUCAUUUGAAUUUUGAAACCAUCUCUGCUGAACCAAACCCUGUAUAUUUAUCUACCUCUGAUAGUCAACAUAACAUUGAAAAAGACAAUUCUCCAACACUCACCUCUAUGGAGCAUUUUCAACCAUCAUUGGAAAUCACAAGUACUUGGACAAAGCAUGAAGAGUGUAAUCCAUUGUCCGAAAAAGAGAAAUCCAUCACCAACAAAACAAAGCCGAAGUGUACAUCAAUAAAUCCCCCCCUUAUAUCCACUGUCACUGAAAGUUCUUGCGAAGUUGUGAUGAAAAUAGAAAAUGGAGGGACACACAUGUUGUAUGACACACCUACCUGUAGCCAAAGUUACUCUUCAUGUGAGCUUUCAUCAUUUGAUACACACAAUACCUCACUGAGAAGUAACACUGACGGAGAGACAGAUUAUGGCCAAAUUACUCAAAAAAUUCUGAAUACUGUAGAGGUCUAUGAUGAUAGUUCUGCUCAUUAUAAUUACCUGGGCCAAUUACAGUCUUUGACUGAGACAGAAGUGAACAGCGUUUCCACCUUGGAGAACACAAGUAAAGAGAAAAAAUCUGAAAUUAACUUUACGAGUCCAGAAACACCUGCUGAUUUCCUUGAGGAAGAAACAGCCAAAGUAGAUCCCUACAAGGACAAUUUAACUCCCUUUGCAGAGAUUGAACAUGAAAUUGAUCCCAGUGGUGAGACAUGCUUUCUAAAUAUCAGUAACAUCGGUACUCCUGUUACAAUGAAAAAAAGAGUUUGGCACUCCUUAGAUAAAAGAAAACUACUGAAAAAGACCAAUGGGCCAUCAACAAUUCAGGAAGGUUCUAAGAACAUAACUGAUAAUUCUGGGAAAGAUUUGAAAAAGAUCAAAAUAAAGGCAGUAAAAAAAUAUUUACGAGACAGAUGUGCAGAUAGAUGUCAAAAAAGCGGGAAGGCCACAAAUCCAGCUUCACAUACCAAUUAUGGAUGGAAUAGGUGUGUGAAGUCAAGUCAAAUGUUCAGGCAUCACAUUGACCAGGUAUUCAAGGUGUCUUCAGGUCCACACCCAAAUAAUUUACAAAAGGGGUCACAAAAUAUGAACAGAUUAUUGGGUUGUUUUAAAGACUCGUUAAAGACUGAAAUACAUAAUGAGCAGCAUGACAUCAUGGCUCAAAACAGUGGAAAGGAUCUCCAAUCAAAUACUAUUAAUACACUACUAAAAACACCUUGUACUUCAGAGAAAGCGGUCUGCACUGAGCUAAAUGGUGAUGCAGCGUUCGAGUUGUCUAUGCAGUCCACUAUUAAUAGAACAGGAUUCAACUUCCGCAUUACCAAUGCAUUUAACAAAAGAGAAAACGAUGAAAGGUUAAGAAAUCCUUUAAUGGCUGCGAGUGAGAAAGCAACUGAUUUAUCAGAAAUGGAUGUUGGCAUUACAAGUUCUAUAUGUGGAGCAAAUGCAAUUUCACUUAAACAUUCUCCAAUUCAGAAAGUGGACAGAUUUACACAGUAUCUUGAUGAGGACUACAUGACUACAGUAAAUAAGGACACAUUUACAGUAACUGAUGCUGUUAAAUCGUCAAGAAUUGCAAAGAAAUAUAUCAAUUGUAAGUUCUGUCGUCAAACCUUCCGUCAUAUCUCUGCAUGUAUUGCUCAUCAGCGUAUUCAUACAGGUGAAAAACCUUACAGACGUGAACUCUGUGGCAAGAAAUUUGCUCAGCUGUCCAAACUCAGGUCCCAUAGAAAUGUCCAUGUCCAGUCUAUGUCUUGGACUUGUCCAUGCUGCAGAAAAAAAUUCUCUGAAAAGGGGGAAUUGGUGUCUCAUUUAACAACCCAUGUAAAGGACUUAAAGCAAAAUAAUGAAUCAAGUCUACAAAACAGCAAACCUGAAGCACCUUUAAAAGACCUUGCGCAUAGUAAGAGGGUAAUUUUCGAGAUUUCUAACAAAUUUAACUACAGAUAUGUCCAAAAAAAUCACAAACAUGACCAGGAAAAGCUACUUUCCUGUAGGACUUGUCGAAAAGAAUUUUGGACAUCUUCACAGCUAGUCGUCCAUGAGAAGACCCACUGGCCAGUUAAACCUUAUGCUUGUUCAAUUUGUGCCAAAGGUUUUAAUCAGAUCAAGGCUCUGAAAAAGCAUUCUCAAAAACACACAGGGGAGACACCGUUCUCCUGUUCUCACUGUGGUUGUGAAUUCUCUGAUCUUCCUGCAUUGAGGGUGCAUCAAAUUUCUAAAAUAUGCAAUCAGAAGCAGAAUUUAAACAGAAAGAAUUACGAUAUAGAGGGCUUUCUGGUCACUUAUGGAGUUGAUGGUCAAGUUAAUACACCAGUGUUCUUCAAGUGCCAAAUAUGCAAACAACUCUGUCAGACAUGGUGUCAAUAUACUCUUCACCUUCAAACCCACACAAAGUCUCCACCCUAUCUUUGCUUUGCUUGUGGGCAGAGCUAUGAAAAGAAUGCUGUAGUGAAUGUUCAUUGCAGGGUAUGUUGUCAGAUAAGUGGGGAGGAGGUGGCUUGUGGUUCCUCAUUUCCUGAAAUCUUGAAUAGUGACCCCAGAGAAUGUGCUUACUUGAAGGAUACUUUACAAACUGACCAGUAUUCUACAGAAGUGUCCAAAGGAAAUUCUCUGUCAAGUGCUGGCCAUUUUGAAAAGAAUUCUGAAACUUUGAGUAAUCUGCCGACAGAAUACUUUGGACCUGAGUCCUCUCAGUUUGUAAAUGCUUCACAUUUGCCUGAAACUGUGCAUCUGUUACCCCCAUCACCUACACCUGUGAUGACUUGUGCCUCCUUGAACAAUUCUCUGGAAUGUGUUGAAAGACCAACUCCCUGGAGAUUUAAGUGCCCACGUUGUAGUCAGAGGUACAAACAAUACAGGACUUUGUCCCUUCACAUGCAAACACAUGCCCCUGCUUUUAGAUACACUUGUAGACAUUGUGGCCAGUCUUUUGAAAGGUGGAACAAACUCUGGUUGCACCAACGGAUUAAUUGUCGGAAAGGACGUUGCUAUGUUUGUUCACAGUGCAAUGUCCAAUUUCAUUUCUUUAGCGCAUAUAAAAUGCACCUGCUGAACCAUGCUGAAGACAGACCCUAUGCUUGUCCACUUUGCCCCCAAACCUUUGCUCUAAAAGAAGGCUUGCAUGCUCACCAAUGGAAUUUUCACCGACUCUCAAAAAAAUUACAGUGUGAUGUUUGUGCCAGAAGCUUUAGUAAUUUCACAAACUUGGUUAAGCACGGUCUCCUUCACAAUGGUACCAGGUCUCACCAAUGCCUUCCAUGCAAUCUCUCAUUUGCAAAUAACAAACGCCUACAGGAACAUUUGAACACUCAUAAUUCUGCCAGCCUCCUCCCUUCCAUCCCAUCUGAGCCCUUAACAUUUCUACACAAAUGUAAUAUAUGUAAGAGCAGCUUCUCAAAUGGGGAUCUACUCUAUGCUCAUCAGAUGUGUCAUACCAGAGAUUUAAAGAGUCAAGUGGGUUCUACCGAAAUAAGUGAAUCUACCUCAGUUGGUCUUGGAGGAGCAGAGUCUACGACUAGCAGGUCUCUCUUAUCAACUCUUGACCUUGAUGCCAUCCCAAAGGAGAGCCUUUUUAAAUACCCUCACCCAGAUAUGCUGUAUGUGUCACCCCAUCUUUCAAGCAUGGUAAAACGCAUCCCAAUCAUUAACCUACAUUCACGUGGUGAGGACUACCAACAGGAAGCCAGCACUGACCUUGUUUCUCCAAACUGUAGAACUGGACAAAGCAUUUCUGGGAGUUCUCAAGAAUAUACCGAAACUGAGAAGAUGAACCAACCCCAGGCUUUGAAAAAACAAGAUCAUAUUAAGUUUCAGAAUACUGGAGAGAUACCAGUGCAUCACACAGACAUAGUAAAUGAUAAACUUCAGGACAAAGCUACUCACAACAGUACCCAAAUGAUUGAGUUUUUUGAAACAAGUGUAUUCUUGGAGGGCCCAACAACCACCAUGAAUACUGCUGAAAAUGAAAUGCAGGACGAGAUCUUUGGUUGUGCAGACUGCUCUGAAACGUUAGACAGUGUUAUGGGAUUAUAUGAACACUAUUUACUACAUGCAUUAGGUAAUACCUAUUGUGCAGAAGAAAAAUACCUUUACAGAUGUCUCUGAAAGUGGACAACUUUUUGUUUUGACUCAUGUCAAUUUUAAUGAAGAAUUUGAACAAGUGAUUUUUUUUUUCAGUUAUUAAUAAGUACUGUAAAAGAAUGUGAAUGGUAAAAUGUUAUACAGGUGAUUUACAAAAGGCUAUUUUUUGCAAAAAGCUAUUUUAUUUAUUUUUACUCAUUAGACAUGGUAUAAUUACAGAUACAAGAAAGUGUUUACCCCUUGCUGCUCCUGUGCCUAUUGUCAAUUUCACCAGCCCACAUUUGUGCCUUUUCUUAAUGUGGUAGCCAUUUAUGGGAAUGUAAGUCAUAGUUACAGAUUGUUUACAAACUUUUAUCCAUUUCAUCCUGUAUACCAGAAAAGUAAUCUGCAGUGUUAUGUAGACCAGCACCAGAAAUCUUAGAAAAAAAAAGCUACCUUGUAUUUUUGGAUUUGAAUACUGUAUCAGUAAAUAAAGACAUGUUCAGACAUGCUUUUGGAUUGAUGAAUGUAAACUAACUGAUUCAUUUAUGGUGAAUACGGUUCAUGAGAAUUUUGUUGAAAUCCUUUACAAUAGUCUUAGAUUGAGCCUUUAUAAGUUUUACAAUAAAACGUCUUAAAACA